GUUCCGGUUUGUAUAACUACCGAAUUGAGCCAAAAAUGCUUUGCAAUAAUAAUUUUAAAUUAAAUUUCUUUAAAUAUCGAAGAAAAAUCAAUGAGAGUGUUGGCAUAAUUCUUAGCCAUCGUCGUUGGAAAUGUGAGCAAACAUUGGCCAUUGAAUCAGCGACAAACACGAAAUGGAAAGUGUUGUUUUUCGGAACGGAUGCGUUUUCGUUACCUAGUCUCCAAUCGCUGCAUAAAGACUAUUAUAAUAGUUUGGAAAGUAGUGCGUUGGGCGUGGUAACUUCAUUUAAAAACCCAGCUAACUGUGUACGCAGUUACGCGGAGAAACACCAACUAGCAGUUCAUCGCUGGCCAAUAGUGCCGGAUGUCUGCCGAGGAUAUGAUUUAGGUGUUGUAGUCUCAUUUGGUCAUUUGAUACCAGAGAAAAUAAUUAAAGCAUUUCCGAAUGGCAUGAUUAACGUUCAUGCUAGUCUGCUGCCGCGUUGGCGCGGCGCGGCGCCUAUUAUCUAUGCCAUAAUGCACGGGGAUAAGCGUGCAGGAGUAUCCAUAAUGAAAAUAGAGCCCAAACACUUUGAUGUGGGAGAUAUACUUGCGCAGCGUGAAGUAGCCAUAAAAGAUGACAUUCUAAUGCCCGAAUUGCAUAGUGAGUUGGCCAUAGAAGGUGCGAACUUACUUGUUAAUACUAUAAAAAGGUUGCCCAGUUGCCUAGAAUCUGCAAAAGUACAAAAUAAUGAAAACGCCACUUUUGCGCCUAAAAUAACAAAUGCCAUUACGGAAGUGAAUUGGACACAAAUUAGUGCUGAACAACUUCAUCGAAGAUUUCGCGCCCUCUUUGGUUUUAAACACUUAAACACAAGAUUUCAAAACAAGAUUGUGCAACUCGUAGACGUUAAGUUACCUGUUUUGCAAGAAACACCUGCAUAUCUAAACAACGGUGAAUGUGGUAAAUUUAUGUAUGAUCGCAAAAGGCGUUGUGUGCUGGUGCGAUGCGCUGGUGACUCUUAUAUAGAAUUACAUCAACUACGUGUCGAGGGGAAAAAGGUUAUGACGGCGAUGGAAUUUAAUAAUGGAUUCCUUAAAGAAAUGAAAUCAACACAACCGCUUUUGUUUACAAGUAAAUAAAGUUCUUUAUAACGAUUUGAACAUUU